AUCCAUGUCAUGGCUCGUGCAAGUCUGACGAUAGCCUCUGACUUGGGUAAAAAAGAAGGUUGCUUCGCCAGUCCUUUUACCUGGGGCAAUCCCAGGUGGACACUUGUUUGCGUCUGCCAAAAAAGACAGAAAAUGAUUUGCAAAAAAGGGCUCAAAAGUGACAAAAAAAUCGCCCGAUCCGAGGAUCGAUCACCGGACCUGUCAUACGAAUUAGCUCUUCCGGUGAGGGUUUGUCCGCUGGCAUAGAUUAUAUGUUGCAUCAAAAAAAGAUGUUCUGUGGUAAAUGGUGGUGGUGAUACCACUGGGGAGCGCGGUUGGGGGAGGUUGCAGCUUUGUGGGAGGCGAGGGAGAUUGUUGUCGAAUGUGGACAGUGCGCAGCUGUUGCGGAAGGUACGUGGGUUGAGUGCUAACAACAUU